CCGCCGGGUGUCCUGGCGCCGCCCGUCCGCGCGCACCUGGCGGUUCGCUUCUUCGUCGCCCGUCCUCCGACCCGCGCCCAUGGCCACCGCCGCCACCGAGGAGCCCUUCCCUUUCCACGGCCUGCUGCCCAAGAAAGAGACCGGGGCCGCUUCGUUCCUCUGCCGCUACCCGGAGUAUGACGGACGCGGGGUGCUCAUCGCCGUCCUGGACACCGGCGUCGACCCUGGGGCCCCGGGGAUGCAGGUUACAACUGACGGAAAACCAAAAAUCAUUGAUAUCAUUGAUACAACAGGAAGUGGCGAUGUGAAUACUGCUACGGAAGUAGAGCCCAAAGACGGUGAAAUUAUUGGUCUUUCAGGAAGAGUGCUUAAGAUUCCUGCAAGCUGGACAAAUCCUUCAGGCAAAUAUCAUAUUGGCAUAAAAAAUGGCUAUGACUUCUACCCAAAAGCUCUCAAAGAAAGGAUACAGAAAGAACGAAAGGAAAAAAUUUGGGAUCCCAUUCACAGAGUGGCCCUUGCAGAAGCCUGUAGAAAACAGGAAGAAUUUGAUGUUGCCAACAACGGCUCUUCUCAAGCAAAUAAACUAAUCAAGGAGGAGCUUCAAAGUCAAGUGGAAUUGCUAAAUUCUUUUGAGAAAAAAUAUAGUGACCCCGGCCCUGUGUAUGACUGCAUAGUAUGGCAUGAUGGAGAAGCCUGGAGAGCUUGCAUUGAUUCAAAUGAGGAUGGGGACUUGAGUAAAUGUCCUGCACUAAGAAGCUACAAGGAGGCCGAAGAGUACGGCUCCUUUGGCACAGCCGAGAUGUUGAACUACUCUGUUAAUAUUUAUGAGGAUGGAAACCUGCUCUCCAUUGUGACCAGUGGAGGAGCUCAUGGUACACACGUGGCCAGUAUAGCUGCUGGGCAUUUUCCAGAUGAACCUGAACGGAAUGGAGUAGCUCCUGGUGCUCAAAUCCUCUCAAUCAAGAUUGGGGAUACAAGACUGAGCACAAUGGAGACAGGCACAGGCCUCAUAAGAGCUAUGAUAGAAGUUAUAAAUCAUAAGUGUGAUCUCGUCAACUACAGCUAUGGAGAAGCAACUCACUGGCCAAAUUCUGGGAGAAUUUGUGAAGUAAUUAAUGAAGCAGUAUGGAAGCAUAAUAUAAUUUAUGUUUCAAGUGCUGGAAAUAAUGGUCCGUGUCUUUCUACAGUGGGAUGUCCAGGUGGAACUACAUCAAGUGUGAUAGGUGUCGGUGCUUACGUUUCUCCUGAUAUGAUGGUUGCGGAGUACUCCCUGAGGGAGAAGUUACCUGCGAAUCAAUACACGUGGUCUUCUAGAGGCCCCAGUGCUGAUGGGGCCCUUGGCGUGAGUAUCAGCGCACCAGGAGGAGCCAUUGCUUCUGUUCCUAACUGGACAUUGAGGGGGACGCAGCUAAUGAACGGGACAUCUAUGUCUUCCCCCAAUGCAUGUGGAGGCAUUGCCCUGAUACUUUCAGGUCUGAAAGCUAAUAAUGUUGACUAUACGGUUCAUUCAGUCAGAAGAGCGCUAGAAAACACUGCAGUGAAGGCUGAAAAUAUAGAAGUAUUUGCCCAAGGACAUGGUAUUAUUCAGGUCGAUAAAGCAUAUGACUACCUCGUUCAGAAUACAUCAUUUGCUAAUAGAUUAGGUUUUACAGUCACUGUUGGAAAUAACCGUGGCAUCUACCUCCGAGACCCUGUUCAGGUGGCUGCACCUUCAGAUCAUGGUGUUGGCAUUGAGCCUGUAUUUCCAGAGAACACCGAAAACUCAGAAAAAAUAUCCCUUCAGCUUCAUUUAGCUUUAACUUCAAAUUCGUCUUGGGUCCAGUGUCCCAGCCAUUUGGAACUCAUGAAUCAGUGUAGACACAUAAACAUACGUGUGGAUCCCAGAGGCUUGAGAGAAGGAUUACAUUAUACAGAGGUAUGUGGCUAUGACAUAGCAUCCCCUAAUGCAGGCCCUCUGUUCAGAGUUCCAAUCACUGCAGUGAUAGCAGCAAAGGUGAACGAGUCUGCACAUUAUGACCUCGCCUUCACAGAUGUGCACUUUAAACCUGGUCAGAUUCGAAGGCAUUUUGUUGAGGUUCCCGAGGGCGCGACCUGGGCGGAAGCUACCGUGUGUUCGUGUUCUUCUGAGGUAUCAGCCAAGUUUGUUCUUCAUGCAGUACAGCUUGUGAAGCAAAGAGCAUAUCGAAGUCACGAGUUCUACAAGUUUUGCUCUCUUCCAGAAAAAGGAACACUGACCGAAGCAUUUCCUGUCCUGGGUGGAAAAGCAAUUGAAUUUUGUAUUGCUCGGUGGUGGGCCAGUCUCAGUGAUGUCAAUAUCGAUUAUACCAUUUCUUUCCAUGGGAUAGUCUGCACUGCUCCUCAGUUAAACAUUCAUGCAUCAGAAGGAAUCAACCGUUUUGACGUUCAGUCUUCCUUAAAAUAUGAAGAUCUGGCUCCCUGCAUAACUCUGAAGAGCUGGGUCCAAACGCUACGCCCAGUGAGUGCAAAAACAAAACCUUUAGGAUCAAGAGAUGUUUUGCCAAAUAACCGUCAACUUUAUGAGAUGGUCCUGACAUACAACUUUCAUCAACCCAAGAUUGGAGAAGUAACUCCAAGCUGCCCACUUCUGUGUGAACUGCUAUAUGAGUCAGAAUUUGACAGUCAACUGUGGAUUAUUUUUGACCAGAACAAAAGACAGAUGGGUUCAGGCGAUGCCUACCCACAUCAGUAUUCUUUGAAAUUGGAGAAAGGCGAUUAUACAAUCCGACUACAGAUUCGUCACGAGCAGAUCAGUGACUUGGAGCGCCUCAGGGACCUCCCGUUCACAGUCUCACACCGCUUGUCCAACACCUUGGGCCUGGAUAUUCACGACAGUCACAGCCUUGCCCUUCUGGGCAAGAAGAAGGCGAGCAGCCUGACACUGCCGCCCAAGUACAACCAGCCAUUCUUCGUCACGGCCUUACCUGACGACAAAAUACCGAAAGGGGCAGGACCUGGAUGCUACCUUGCAGGGUCCUUAACCCUGUCAAAGACGGAACUUGGCAAGAAAGCUGGGCAGUCUGCAGCAAAACGACAAGGAAAAUUUAAAAAGGAUGUAAUCCCUGUUCAUUACUACCUAAUACCUCCACCAACAAAGACUAAGAAUGGCAGCAAAGAUAAGGAAAAGGAUUCAGAAAAAGAGAAAGAUUUAAAAGAAGAGUUUACUGAAGCAUUACGAGAUCUUAAAAUUCAGUGGAUGACAAAGCUGGAUUCUAGUGACAUUUAUAAUGAAUUGAAGGAAACCUAUCCUACUUAUCUUCCUCUGUACGUUGCACGGCUUCAUCAGUUGGAUGCUGAAAAGGAACGAAUGAAAAGGCUCAAUGAGAUUGUUGAAGCUGCAAAUGCUGUUAUUUCUCAUAUAGAUCAAACAGCCCUAGCAGUCUAUAUUGCAAUGAAGACUGACCCCAGGCCAGAUGCAGCUACUAUAAAAAAGUACCUAACCACACAGCUCUUGGGGUACCGCACAGACUCAGGUGCCUCACUGGCUGCCAGAAGAGACCAGGAGUCAGUGGAAGGAAGGCGGCUAAGGCCAUUCCGAAGAAGGUCCAUUAGCCCUGGCUCCCGCCGGUGGUCCUGCCUUGCCAUUGUUCUGUGUCUGCCAAGCACGGUGAUUCUGCAGACAUUUCGGGAAUGUCUGGAGUAGCCUUUCAGUUACGUCAGUUAUUACGUAGGAAGCUGAAGUUGUAAGUCCUCCCCACACCGAUUUAUGUGCUAAUUCGGGAGUGAGUAAUAAUACUGGUUAGUUUCAGUACUGCUUAUUUUCUUCAAAAACUUUAACUUCUAAAUAAUUAUCUCAAUUUGUAGCUAAUUGAUUUUAAACCUCACUUUGGAAAAAUAACUUUGAACUUUUUGGAUUUUGCCUGUAAAAAUAUUUUAUAUCCCUUUUAGUCCUCUAGUACAGUACUUAAAAUAAAGGUGAUAUAACUACAAGUUUUUAUCAGUCUUUCUUGCAUGUGGAGGUACAGGGAAAGUAAAUGAAAUUAACAGCCCCAGGGCAGAACAUCAUCUUCUUUGAGCUAUGGAGCACUUGUUCUCAGGGUUAGCUAUGGUAAUUCGCAGUAAAGAACCCCAGAAGUAGGAAAAUCUUCUGUGUGUGACAGAUUUGCCCACCACAGCUUGGUAGCAUUGAUAGAAAGCACUUGGGCAUAUUCAGGAAGCCGAAGGAGCCGUGGUCCCCAGAGUUGGACCCGCUCAUUUCCCCUCUGUGACCAUGGGCAGGUUGCUAAGUGUAGACACCUGGGUUUUUAUCUGUCCGUGAGGAUAGGGAAGGUGUAUUCCCUGUGGUGCCGUGCAUGCUUGCUAAGCAGCUGGACGGUGCCCAGCAGUGUUCUUGCCAAGCUCUUGGAGGUCCCUGUGUGCCAGCCACUGUGUGCUCCUGGAGCAUAAAGAACCCGGUCCCUGUCUUUGAGGAAUGGACCAGAGACUGUUGAGCACUCUAAGACUGUUACUGAUGAUUCUUACUUGGCAAUAGUGCAGCUAGAGUCAGGCUGUGCAUUACAGCACUGGCAACUGUUGUUGAAUACUUCGCUUCCAGAAUUCAAAUCAGAGUGGCAGGGUUUCUAAAGGUGCAGACUUGGACCAAACGUGUAUCAAAGGGACAUGUUCUAUGAUCUGAUACUCUCUGAACUUUUAUCCUCAUACAGUUUAUGACACUUUACAUUUUUAUAUUUCUGUCCUAUUUUGCUGUUUUUGUCAUUUUUUACAUUCAGUUUCUUUUGCAUGAGGAAGUCCUUUAAGGUGGAUUUCAACCACUAGUGUAACAAUAAUUUUCUUCCCCCAAAUAAAUUAUCUCUUCUAAUUACCUACCCUUUUGAAGACAUUAAUUAUUGUUUUAAAAAGUUUUUUUAAACUGUGAUGGCAGCAUACUUGCUUUAAAAGCUAGACUUCUGUUAAAGCCUUAAAUGUUUUGUUACCAAACCUCUAUGCCUUAAAAUGCAAAAUG